AUGUACGCUACAUCAAAGAUGGAAAAGUUUGGUGGCUCAAAGAAGAAGAAUGAGAUGAAGGAGAAAGGGUUUUGGGACUACGACUACGAGAGCUUCGUUGAGGUUUCAAAGAGGGUGAUGCAAGGAAGAUCUAGGACGCAGCAGCAAGAGGUUGUGAGGGAGGUUCUUCUCUCCAUGCUUCCUCCUGGCGCUCCUGAACAGUUUAGAAAACUGUUUCCACCUACGAAAUGGGCAGCAGAGUUUAAUGCAGCUCUUACAGUGCCUUUCUUUCACUGGUUGGUUGGUCCUUCUCAGGUCAUAGAAGUGGAAGUGAAUGGGGUGAAACAGAGAAGUGGCGUUCGUAUAAAGAAAUGCAGGUAUCUGGAGAACAGUGGGUGUGUAGGAAUGUGUGUGAAUAUGUGCAAGAUCCCAACACAAGAUUUCUUCACCAAUGAGUUUGGCCUCCCACUCACCAUGAACCCGAAUUUUGAUGAUAUGAGUUGCGAGAUGAUAUACGGCCAAGCGCCUCCUGCCUUUGAGGAUGAUCCAGCCACCAAACAACCUUGUCUAGCAUAUAUAUGUUCUAUGUCCAAUCCAAGCUCGCCAGUCUGCCCUAAACUACAAGCAUGA